UGACACCUCGCCGGGGCCUGAGCAGGAGGAGGGAAAGGGCCUGGCUCCUCGCCCUUUCCGAGGCGCCUGCGCACUGCGCGGCCGCUCUCUCUCUCUCUCUCUCUGCCGUUACCGCUAUGUGUGGGGCGUGUGUGGAAUAACGUUAUUAUUGCUCAGCGGUACCGAGAGGCCCGGGAGCGUGACCGCGGCGGCAACGACGACGACAGCGGCGACGACGGGGUGGGGAGAGGGGGACGGCGUGCCAGAGACUCACGGGACGCGACGCGCCCCGCCUCCCCGUCCGGUCCCUCUGCACGGUGAGGGGAUGACGUAGCUUUGCCAAAGAUUUAGAAGUGAAGCAGAAAAUGAGCUUAACAUCCUGGUUUUUGGUGAGCAGUGGAGGCACUCGCCACCGGCUGCCGCGGGAAAUGAUUUUUGUUGGAAGAGAUGACUGCGAGCUCAUGCUACAGUCUCGUAGUGUUGAUAAGCAACAUGCUGUAAUCAAUUAUGAUACUUCUACGGAUGAACAUUUGGUGAAAGAUUUGGGCAGCCUAAAUGGGACAUUUGUGAAUGAUAUAAGGAUUCCAGAACAGACUUACAUCACAUUGAAACUUGAAGAUAAGCUGAGAUUUGGAUAUGAUACAAAUCUCUUCACUGUAGUACGAGGAGAAAUGAGAGUCCCGGAAGAAGCUCUUAAGCAUGAGAAGUUUACCAUUCAACUUCAGUUGUCCCAAAAAUCUUCUGAGUCGGAAUUACCAAAAUCUGCAAGCGCCAAAAACAUCGAUUCAAAGGUAGCAGACGCGGCUCCCGAUGUGCUUCCCAAAGCUGCAGAAGCACUGAAGUCAGAGGAGAAAGCUGCAGAUGUUUCUGCUAUGCCACGUGGUACUCCAUUAUAUGGACAGCCAUCAUGGUGGGGAGAUGAUGAGGUGGAUGAACAAAGAGCCUUCAAGUCCAAUGGCAAGCCUGAAGAAAAACAUCAUGAAACUGGAACAUCAGGGUGCAGCAUAGAUGCCAAGCAAGUUGAGGAACAGUCUGCAGCUGCAAAUGAAGAUGUGCUUUUUCCUUUCUGUAGGGAACCAAGUUAUUUUGAAAUCCCUACAAAAGAAUUCCAACAACCAUCACAAAUAGCAGAGAGCACUAUUCAUGAAAUCCCAACUAAAGACACACCAAGUUCUCAUACAACAGGUGCAGGGCAUGCUUCAUUUACCAUUGAAUUUGAUGACAGUACUCCAGGAAAAGUAACUAUUAGAGACCAUGUGACAAAAUUUGCUUCUGAUCAGCGCCACAAGUCAAAGAAGUCCUCUCCUGGAACUCAAGACUUGCUGGGAAUUCAAACAGGAAUGAUGGCACCAGAAAACAAAGUAGCUGACUGGCUAGCCCAAAACAACCCACCUCAGAUGGUAUGGGAACGAACAGAAGAGGAUUCCAAAAGUAUUAAAAGCGAUGUUCCAGUGUACUUGAAAAGGUUGAAAGGAAAUAAACAUGAUGAUGGCACACAGAGUGAUUCUGAGAAUGCUGGGGCACACCGGCGCUGUAGCAAGCGCGCAACCUUGGAGGAGCACUUAAGACGCCAUCACUCAGAACAGAAAAAGAAGGUCCAGGCUGCUGAGAAGCAUCAAGACCAGGCUGUUACUAGCUCUGCGCAUCACAGAGGGGGGCAUGGUGUUCCACAUGGGAAAUUGUUAAAACAGAAAUCAGAGGAGCCAUCGGUGUCAAUACCCUUCCUACAAACUGCAUUAUUAAGAAGUUCAGGGAGUCUUGGGCACAGACCAAGCCAGGAGAUGGAUAAGAUGUUAAAAAAUCAAGCUACUUCUGCUACUUCAGAAAAGGAUAAUGAUGAUGACCAAAGUGACAAGGGUACUUAUACCAUUGAGUUAGAGAAUCCCAACAGUGAGGAAGUGGAAGCAAGAAAAAUGAUUGACAAGGUGUUUGGAGUAGAUGCCAAUCAGGAUUAUAACAGGCCUGUUAUCAAAGAAAAACAUAAAGAUCUGAUAAAGGAUUGGGCUCUAAGUUCUGCAGUUGUAAUGGAAGAAAGAAAACCACUGAACACACCUGGCUUUCACAACUCAGAGGAAGGAACAUCUUCAUCUGGAAGCAAACGUUGGGUUUCACAAUGGGCUAGUUUGGCUGCUAAUCAUACCAGGCAUGAUCCAGAAGAAAGGCUAUUGGAAUUAUCUGCAUCUGUAGCUAUAGAAAGUGAUAAUGGUGAUGCUGGCAUUUCACUGAGAAGCACUGGCUCUGCCACUUCCUUGACUAGUCAAGGAGAAAGAAGGAGACGAACUCUUCCCCAGCUUCCACAUGAAGAAAAGGCUCUUGAGAACUCCAGAGCAAAGGUGGUAACACAAAGGUCAGAGAUAGGGGAGAAGCAAGACACAGAACUACAGGAGAAAGAAACACCUACCCAGGCAUACCAAAAAGAUAAGCAAGAUACUGACCGACCCCCGAGUAAAACGAGCAGGGCAGUCAAUGGUGAGAUUCUUAAAACUGGUGGAGAUAAUAAAGCCCUACUUCACACAGGCAGUUCUCCUGGCAAGGAAAAUGAAACUGAUAAGGAAACCUCCUUGGUAAAGCAGACACUAGCUAAAAUCCAGCAGCAGCAAGAGCAAAAGGAGCAGGCCCAGUGGGCACCCACUAAAACCUCUUUAAAAAAUGCUUCAGGCCAGAUAGAUAAAAGUAGGGAGGAAUCUUCUAAGCAAGAGUCUCAACUUCUAGAAAAAAUAUCAGGGCAUUCUGCAAACAAAAGUGAAAGAGUAGCCCAAAAUGAGAGCAAGACAAAAAAAGCUGAGGAAAUUUCUAAAAGUCAGACUUCAAAGGGAGGAGACAAAAAGGAAUCCUCCAAGUCAUUAGUGCGACAAGGGAGCUUCACCAUAGAAAAACCCAGUUCAAACAUACCCAUAGAACUUAUUCCCCAUAUCAACAAGCAGAAUUCCUCUACUCCCGCUUCCUUAGCCUUAGCAUCGGUCAGUAGACUGCGAGAAAGGAGCGACUCUUUGGAUACUGAUCCUAGCAUGGACACAACCCUGAUUCUGAAAGACACAGAAGCAGUAAUGGCUUUUCUAGAAGCUAAACUGCGUGAAGAUAAUAAAACCGAUGAUGGCCCAGAUACUCCCAGUUACAACAGAGACAAUUCUAUCUCACCAGAGUCUGAUGUGGACACAGCUAGUACAAUUAGUCUAGUUACUGGAGAGACUGAAAGAAAAUCUACCCAAAAGCGAAAGAGUUUCACUAGUCUGUAUAAAGAUAGAUGUUCCACAAGUUCUCCUUCCAAAGAUAUUACAAAAUCCUCAUCUUCAGGUGCUAGGGAGAAAAUUGAAAAGAAAACAAAAAGCCGUUCCACAGAUGUAAGUGCAAGAGCAGAUGGUCGAAAAUUUGUACAAUCCAGCGGAAGGAUAAGGCAGCCUUCAGUGGACCUAACAGACGACGACCAAACCUCUAGUGUGCCUCAUUCUGCUAUAUCUGAUAUUCUGUCAUCUGACCAGGAAACAUACUCUUGCAAAUCUCACGGAAGGACUGCACUCACCUCAGCAGAUGAGCACAUGCAUUCCAAACUGGAAGGAGGCAAAGGAACAAAAUCUAAGACUUCUCCAAUAGCCUCUGGUUCAUGCAGCAAAUCAACCACGCUCCCAAGGCCACGGCCCACCAGGACUUCCCUCCUGCGCAGAGCACGGCUUGGCGAAGCCUCGGACAGUGAGCUUGCUGAUGCUGACAAAGCAUCUGUUGCUUCUGAAGUCUCUACUACAAGUUCCACCUCAAAACCUCCCACCGGAAGGCGAAAUAUCUCUAGGAUUGAUUUAUUGGCCCAGCCUCGGAGAACAAGGCUAGGUUCAUUAUCAGCUCGUAGUGACUCAGAAGCAACGAUAUCUAGAAGCAGCGCCUCUUCACGCACUGCAGAAGCCAUCAUUAGAAGUGGAGCCAGAUUGGUGCCGUCAGAUAAGUUGUCUCCUAGAACUAGAGCUAACAGUAUCUCUCGACUUUCAGACUCUAAGGUCAAAAGUAUGACCUCAGCUCAUGGCUCUCCUUCAGUAAAUUCAAGAUGGAGGCGCUUUCCUACUGAUUAUGCUUCCACCUCAGAAGAUGAAUUUGGAUCAAACCGUAAUUCCCCUAAACAUACUCGUCUACGUACUUCUCCAGCCCUGAAAACCACUCGCUUGCAGAGCGCUGGAUCAACAAUGCCUGCUAGUUCUUCAUUCAAGCACCGGAUUAAAGAGCAGGAAGACUAUAUCCGAGACUGGACUGCACAUCGAGAAGAGAUAGCCAGGAUCAGCCAAGAUCUUGCUCUCAUUGCUCGGGAGAUCAACGAUGUAGCAGGAGAAAUAGAUUCAGUGACUUCCUCAGGCACUGCCCCUAGUACCACAGUAAGCACUGCUGCCACCACCCCUGGCUCUGCCAUAGACACUAGAGAAGAGGUAGGAGAUCUUCAUGGAGAAAUGCAUAAGUUGGUUGAUCGUGUUUUUGAUGAAAGUCUCAACUUCCGAAAGAUCCCUCCGUUAAUCCAUUCUAAAACGCCAGAAGGAAACAAUGGUCGGUCUAGUGAGCCCAGACCGCAGGCCUCAGAGCUUCCUGAUCACUUAACAAUUACAAGGCGCAGAACCUGGAGCAGGGAUGAAGUCAUGGGAGAUAAUUUGCUGCUAUCCUCAGUCUUUCAGUUCUCUAAGAAGAUAAGGCAAUCUAUUGAUAAAACAGCUGGAAAAAUCAGAAUAUUAUUCAAAGACAAAGAUCGGAAUUGGGAUGAAAUAGAAAACAAGUUAAGAACUGAAAGUGAAGUCCCUAUUGUGAAAACCUCAAGCAUGGAGAUUUCUUCUAUUUUACAGGAGCUGAAAAGAGUUGAGAAACAAUUACAAGCAAUCAAUGCCAUGAUUGACCCAGAUGGAACUUUGGAGGCACUUAACAAUAUGGGAUUUCCCAAUGCUAUCUUGCCAUCUCCACCAAACCAGAAGUCCAGUCCUGUGAAUAACCUUGGCAGUCCUGGUCAGACACAGACACCUGGCCAGCCAGAAGCCAGGGCUCUACACCCUGCAGCAGCCUCUAUCUCAGCAGAGUUUGAGAAUGCCGAAUCAGAGGCUGAUUUCAGUAUACAUUUUAAUAGGUUCAACCCUGAAGGGGAAGAGGAAGACAUUACAGUACAUGAAUGAUUUCUCUUGUUUGUUAAGAAAAUAAUUACCUGUGAAAUGACAAGAAAUAUUGGAAGCAACAUAGUGUUGACAUACAAAACAAGACAGCUUGGUCCACAACAAUCUUGCUAUCCUUGUCUUCUUAAUUUUAUUUAUUUUUUACCUAUGAUGUAGUGUCAUACCAGUCUUUACAGUCCACUUAACCCCGUGAUGCACACAGAGAAAAAAGUGGAUUGUAGCAAUGUUGCCUUUGUGGUUUUUAGAUUGAAUUCUAUCAUUGCCUUCUUUCACUUCAUAGAUUUUGUGUUUUUUAAGCCAUGCUGUGACCUACAAGCAAACUAAAUAUUCAGAAUCUCUGAGCCCUGGUGUCUCCUGUGCCAAGCUGCUCCCUGAAUGGACUUCCUCUUCAGCUGUACAGAUUUGUUAAGCCACUCAAUUUGCUUCUUAAUAAUAGGAUUUAUAUUAUUAUUCAUUACCACUGGACACAAUGAGAUAUUGCUCUCCAUAGUAAAGCAGACCUUUCACAACAUUCUGUCCUAAACUUUUCCAGCAUACAUGUAAUUUAUAUAACUUUGUUGGUAAGUAACUUGUCUUGGGGUUUACCAAAAUUAACUAUUAUGUUUGCACUAAGAUUUACUGGGAGUAAUAGAUGGACAUAUCUGUAUAUCAAUAAGGACUAACCGUCUUUUUAUGUACAUAGGAAAUUGACAAUACUGUAUUUGUUUUAACCCCACAGUGUUUUGCUCCACUUUCAAAAAGAUAAUUUGGCACUUUUUUCAUUUUUUUAAUGGAAAUAAGAUUUUGUCUCUCCUUUUAGAUUAAAUGAAAGGUAGAAAUAUUAAACUAGAUAGGUAAUUUAGGUGGAGUAUAUUUUUAAAACUAAGCACAUGUAUAUUUGUCCUGUGUUACCAAGUUUAUAUGUAACAGUUGGGAAAAAAAAUUCCCCUUGAAAUGAUCAUGAGAUUAAAAUUUUCUUCAUUAGGAAACUUGGAAAACCAAUAGUCAUAAGAUUAGUAGAUAGUUUCACUCCCAGGCAUUGAAUUGCUUCUGUGUGUUUCCCCAUAGGACCCAAUAGUAAAUACUAUGUCAGUUUUACAUAGUUGUAACGACCCCACAAGAUGACGACAAAGGCUUUGGGCUUGUGGCUAUUGAACAGCCUGUGAAAAAUAUCUUCUAUAAAGUUGUUUUUAUUGUUUGUUUGUAUGUUUUUGUUCUUUCUCCAGUUUAAGUUCACAAUUUGGAUAAGUCUUAAAGGGAGUUACUUUUGUGUUUCCAGAACACAGUAAUUUGGGUAAAUCAUCAAUUCUGCUAAAUAUUAUUAUUCAUAGGCCUGGAUUUUCCCUAUGAUACCGUCAGUCUAUAAAGGGUAAACUGCAACUUUUGCAACUUUUAUGAAAUGAUUUUAAUAUUUUAGCAAUAACUUGCAACAUUUAUUUAAGAAAAAACUAUACAGUUCAAAGCUUUACAGGAUUUAAGAAGUCCUGUACUGUUGGAUCAGUUGACAAAAAUGCAAAAUGUUUUUGUAGACAUGUAAACAUAGUGUUGUAUAAUGAUCUCAUAUUUUUCUUUAAAAAAGAAAAAUGAACUGUUCUUAUAAACCUAAAUUCUCAAUUCUGAUAAAGGAAGACUAAAAAAUGAUCUUAAAGAAAGUAAAAGGAAAAAAAUGCUUUGAAGAAAUAAGUAAGGCAUUAAAACAGGGUCAAUCCAUUUAACUUAAAUGUUAAAGCAAAAUAAUCACCACUUUCCCACCUUUCUUUAAUGUUUGGUACUGGUUAUAUCCACAUGAAAGGAAGAGGUUUAGGAAACUGUUUAAUUUACUUACAUUCUUAUUUGUUUACACAGUUUUGUUCAAUUACAAACAUUUGGCCUUUUACUAUGUUAUUUUUAUUUUGUAUGAAUACAUUAUUCUCCUUAUUUAUUUUUGUUACAUUUAUUACUUACGUUAUUUUGUUAUGCAUUUACAGCUCCAUUUUUAAAUAAAGUGUUUCUGGAACUUUAUACAAUGAUUAUAUAUUUUAUUUCUUCUACCAUCUGAUAUAUCAAUACCAUCAAUUUAAUAAUACUUUACAAACCAUUUUUCAAUGAAAAAACCUUCUAGUUUUUAAACUUUUUCAUUUUAUUUCAAGCUCCAUGGAGUUCUUCUACUGUGAGGUGUUAAGGGUACUCAUUAGCUUGGUUUACACAGUUUAGGCUGGGUGGUCCUGGAAUGGCUGUUUGUAUGCUGAAGAGGCUCAAAAUCUGGUAGCUGCCCAGUCUCAGCAAUCCCAGUUUGGCCCUGACUCCCUGAAAUCUUCCUGGAGAGCUGCCACCUUCACUCUAUGUUGGAAAGACAAAAACAAGUAGGUUCUAAGGGGAGCGGAGCGGAGUUUGGCAGCAGCCACAACAAGAUAGGUGCAUCACCAGCAAGAGGUGAGGACAGACAGGCAGCACUACCUUUUCCUCAGGCUGCCUCUUGGAAGUGCCACCCACUGUGUGGGAGAGACUACCCUCUUUAGUUGACCCUGCCUGGACCUACCCUCACAGACCUGCUGUCACUCCCAGAUGACUCCAGAUCCAGUUAAGUUGACAAGACUAAACAUCACACUCCAAUUAUGGGUUCAACCCAGGAAUCAGGAGAAAUCAACUUUCAUAUGCCAAAGCAGUGGCCAUUGCAAAAGUCCAUCAUGCAACUGAAUUGUUUUUAUUUGACUUCUGCCAGAUGUAAUAAAAUGCUUUAAUCUAU